UUUUCAUACGAAACAUUGUAUGAUCGACUUACAUUUGUAUACAAAGUUUUUUUGCGUACCUGUUACCUGUGACAGAGUAGCAGCUCUAGUAUUGCGUUGUGUACAGUUACAUUGACAGUGUAACUGUUGCAUUCUAUUGAACUAAUUUAGUGUUUCCAAAUAUUUUGAAAUGUUCUCUGCAAGUAAACUAGUGUUCUAUGUCAAUGGGAGAGAGGUAGAAGAAAAUCAACCCGACCCUGAGACCACCCUUCUCCAGUAUCUUAGGUUAAAAUUAAAAUUAACUGGAACCAAGUUGGGCUGUGGGGAAGGAGGAUGUGGUGCCUGUACUGUAAUGCUGUCAAAGUAUGAUAUUGUCAGUAAAACUCUCAGACAUUUUUCGGCCAAUGCCUGCUUGGCCCCACUGUGUGCUAUGCAUGGGUUGGCAGUUACAACUGUGGAAGGCAUUGGUAGUGUCAAGAAUGGACUACACCCUGUUCAGGAGCGGAUAGCUAAAUCCCAUGGAUCUCAGUGCGGAUUUUGUACCCCGGGAAUUGUGAUGUCCAUGUACACACUACUCAGGAAUAAUCCCCUACCAACCCAGGUCGAAAUGCAGAGUGCCUUUGAAGGGAAUUUAUGCAGAUGUACUGGAUACCGACCAAUAUUAGAUGGAUUUAGGACUUUCACAAAGGAAUACUGUCAGAUGGGAGAGAAAUGUUGCAGAAAUACAAACUCCAUGCAGUGUAAUGGAAAUGGCAACUUGGAGGAGGGGAUUUCAUCUGAGCUGUUUGACAGCAGUAAAUUUUUACCAACUGACAGCACCCAGGACCCAAUCUUUCCACCUGGUUUGAGAACUGACAAGUAUGACCAGCAGAGUCUGACCUUUACAGGGGAGAGGACUACAUGGUACCGGCCCACAACUCUACAGGAACUACUGGAGCUGAAACACAGCUACCCUGAUGCCAGACUUGUCAUUGGAAACACGGAAGUUGGUGUAGAGAUUAAACUGAAAAACAUGUGCUACAAAACAAUGAUUGCACCAACCCACAUUGAAGAGCUGAACAAAAUUUCAAAGGAUUCGGAUGGGUACACAUUUGGGGCUUCUGUCAGUCUGGCUGUUAUUGAGGAAACAUUGCAGGGAGCAAUUACAGAACAUCAAGAAUACCAAACAAGAAUGUUUCAAGCAGUUGUAGAAAUGUUUAGGUGGUUUGCUGGCCAUCAGAUCAGGAAUGUGGCAGCUAUUGCAGGAAACAUAAUGACGGCAAGUCCAAUAUCGGAUCUAAACCCCUUGUUCAUGGCAGCUGGGGUGGUUCUUACAGUGGCCUCAAAAGAUGGUGGAACAAGACAGAUUGUGAUGGAUGAGAAUUUUUUCUUGGGGUACAGGAAAACUGUUAUCACAUCUCAAGAAGUACUAGUGUCUGUCAAACUUCCAUUUAUGCAGCAGAAUGAGUAUUUCUUUGGAUACAAGCAAGCUAACAGAAGAGAGGACGACAUUGCCAUUGUCAAUGCAGGGAUUCAGGUCAUGCUUGAGGCCAAUUCUAACAUCAUUAAAGGAAUGAGGCUGGCAUUUGGUGGCAUGGCUCCCACUACAGUGAUGGCCACAAAAGCUAUGAAGAACUGUAAAGGAAGGAAAUGGGAGGAUGACCUUGUUAUGGACAUGGCUGAGUGGCUGGCAGAUGAUCUUCCCUUACCUCCAGGCUCACCAGGAGGGGUGACUGAAUACAGACGUACUUUAUGCAUCAGUUUCUUCUACAAGUUCUACCUCGCUGUGUUAUUGCAGAUUAAGCAGAGGCUUCCAGAAGCAGUACAGAGUAAGGUUCCAAGUUCACAUAGAAGUGCCACUUUUAUAUUCCAAAGAGACCCAACCAAAAGUACUCAGGUGUACGAAGAGGUUUCACCCAAUCAACCGGAACAGGACCCUCUCGGAAGACCUAUGACACAUCUGUCAGCUGCCAAACAGGCCUCAGGAGAAGCUAUUUAUAUCGAUGACAUUCCUCUUUAUGAGAAUGAGAAAUACCUUGCCUUUGUUACUAGUCAGAAAGCCCAUGCUAAAAUCCUCAGUAUUGAUUCUUCAGAGGCAGUAAAACUGCCUGGAGUAGUGGAUUUUAUUUCAUAUAAAGACAUUCCUGGGCAUAAUAAAUGGGGUGGAGUUGCAGGUGAUGAGGAGAUAUUUGCCUCAGAAAAGGUGUUGUGCAUGGGACAAAUUAUUGGAGCAGUGGUAGCUGACACACAGGUUCAUGCACAGAGGGCGGCCAAAAUUAUCAAAAUCGAGUAUGAGGAGUUGGAGCCCAUUAUUACAAUAAAGGAAGCCAUUGAUAAGGGAUCCUUCUACAGGUACAGUAACAGUAUUAGUAAUGGAGACACUGUGAAAGGACUAGAGUUGGCGGACCAUGUGGUGGAGGGGGAGGUCAACAUGGGGGGUCAGGAACACUUCUACCUGGAGACCCAUGCAGUAUUAGCAGUACCCAAAGGAGAAGAUGAUGAAAUGGAGCUGUUUGUCUCUACCCAGAACCCAACAGAGACACAGCAUGUAGUUGCAGAGGCUCUAGGAGUUCUUGCAAACAAGAUUGUAUGUAAAGUCAAAAGAAUGGGUGGUGGAUUUGGAGGGAAGGAAACUCGGAGCAUUGCUUUCACUGCACCAGCUGCCAUAGCUGCUGCAAAACUAGGAUGUCCAGUACGCUGCAUGCUGGACAGGGAUGAAGACAUGGUCUCCAGUGGCACCCGGCAUCCAUUCUACGGAAAAUAUAAGGUUGGUUUCACAAAGGAAGGCAAAAUAACAGCCCUUGAAUGUGAUGUUUACAACAAUGCAGGGCACAGUUUGGAUCUUUCUGCUGCGGUGAUGGACAGAGCCUUGUUCCAUACAGAUGCCUCCUACAACAUUCCGAACAUCAGGGUGUCUGGUCACCUGUGCAAAACUAACAUUCCUUCCAACACAGCCUUCCGUGGAUUUGGUGGACCGCAGGGCAUGUUUAUUACUGAGACCUGGAUAGAGCAGAUAGCUUCAACUCUAGGCAUUCCAGCUAAACAGGUCAGAGAAAUUAACAUGUACAAUGAAGGGGAGACAACCCAUUUCAACCAGCCCCUUGUACAGUGUAAUAUUAAACGCUGCUGGACUGAAUGUUUGGAAAGAAGCGAUUACUACAACAGAAGAAAGGACAUUGAUAUAUUCAACAGUGAAAAUAGAUGGAAAAAGAGGGGAAUCUCUAUUAUUCCAACAAAGUUUGGAAUUUCUUAUACAGCACUGUUUUUAAACCAGGCUGGGGCCUUGGUCAUUAUUUAUAUGGAUGGGUCUGUUCUGAUCACACAUGGAGGGACUGAAAUGGGUCAAGGACUCCACACCAAAAUGAUUCAAGUUGCAGCUAGAACAUUAAAAAUUCCAGCCUCCAAAAUACACAUCAGUGAGACAAGUACCAACACUGUUCCCAAUACAUCUGCUACAGCAGCCAGUGCCAGCUCAGACCUGAAUGGGAUGGCCAUCCAGAAUGCUUGUCAAAUUCUGCUGGAAAGAUUGGAGCCAUACAUAAAUGCCAAUCCUAAAGGAUGUUGGGAAGAUUGGGUACAUGCAGCAUAUUUUGACAGAACAAGCCUUUCCAUUACAGGAUUUUACAAAACUCCUAACAUUGGGUAUAACUUUGAAAAGAAUAGUGGAAACCCAUUCAACUACUUCAGUUUUGGAGUUGCUUGCUCAGAGGUGGAGAUUGAUUGUCUAACUGGGGAUCAUAAGGUACUAAGAACAGACAUUGUGAUGGAUGUUGGUGUAAGUCUGAAUCCAGCAAUAGACAUUGGACAGAUUGAAGGUGGAUUUACUCAGGGAUAUGGUUUGAUGAUGCUGGAGCAACAGAAGGUGUCACCAAAUGGCUUCCUGUUCACUAGAGGUCCUGGAAAUUACAAGAUUCCUGGAUUUGGAGAUGUUCCUGGUGAAUUCAAUGUUUCCCUCUUAAAAGGAAGUGUCAACAACAGAGCAGUUUAUUCAUCAAAAGCUAUUGGGGAGCCCCCCUUGUUUUUGGCUUCCUCUGUGUUCUUUGCCACUAAGGAUGCCAUUACUUCAGCCAGGGUGGAUGCUGGUCAUAAUGAGUACUUCCAGUUGAAUAGCCCUGCCACUUCUGAAAGGAUUCGAAUGGCCUGUUUGGACCAGUUUACAAACAUGUUUCCUGCAGCUCUUAAGGAUUCCUAUAAACCCUGGUUUGUGGAACUGUAAAGGAUUCCUAUAAACCCUGGUUUGUGGAACUGUAAAAGAUCUUACAGAGGAAGUCGGAAGUGGCAUGGUGCUAGAAUGAGUGUGUGUGUGUAUGUAGAUAAUACAGAAACUAAAAUCUGUACAGGAACUGUGGGAUUAAGGCUAAUUUUUGUAUAUUAUGCAAAAUAUAAAAGUGUUAUAUUUUGUUAUGGCUGUCUUUUGUUAUGUUGAAACAGUUUAUAGUUUUUUAAAUUUAUACCUUGUGAUUUAUUUGUUGGAGACACUGUGAUUUGUUCAGCAUUCCAGAAAGUAUUCAAUGUAUUUAUAUCCCAGUGUAUGUUAUAAAUCCAGCUAGAAAAUGAAAAUUUAUGCAAAACAGAAAGUUUGUGAAAUUUCAAAUUUUAAUGAGGUAUUAAUUUUAGAGAAAAUAAAAUUCUGGUUUAUGCAAUAGGAUGAUAUGAAAUGAUAUGAAAAUAUCAGCAGGUUAUUUUGCCAUCGUCAAACCCUUGUAGAUUAUACCGAAGUUGGAUCCACUCUAAAGUUCCACUUGGCAGUGCCUGACAUGCCUCCAUGUCUUUCGCUAUACAAAAACUUUUAAUAUGUUAACUUUUGAACUCCAUGAAAGAAAACUUUUUGUGUAAUUCUAGUGACCAGGCCUCACCAACAGUAUUUGAUAAUCUUAAUUGGGCAGUGGCAUUUGCCACACUCAUUGAAAUAUAUAAUAUUGCCUAAAACUCUUGAGUUUUGUAUAAGAGAGACUGGGUCUUAAUGACACCAAAGAUGAAGGUCAAAUUUUUAUAUAAAGUCCAGGCAAUACUUGCAGUGCAGAGUUAUAAGUACUAGUAUAUUAAAUGGGAUUUUCUGCCCUGUGUGGUCACCAGGGAUAUUAAUAUUUUACAAACAUAGCUUGUUUUUAUAGUGCAUUGAUUUAAGUUGUAGGUAUUAUUAAUGUUUAAGUGCCUCACAAGCUGCACAGGAAAUACAUGUAUUUACAUGUAUAUUGCUGGCUGUAAUGUGUCUUAGGGACAAGAUCAAAAGUUCAACAUCUGACAAAAAAAUUAGAUUCACAGAGUUUUCAUCAAGACAUUGAUUAUCAAGUACAAGCUCUGAUGACACUCUAUAUAUACACAUACCUUUUGUAUCCACAAUUUUGCCCAAAGAAUGUAAGAAAAAUGAAUACUGAAUAUAGCAAAAAGAUGGUGCACUAAAAGGGAUCUUCCUAUUAUAGGGGUUGUAAAUACGUUUUAAACUUUUACAAUCGUUAUUAAUAAAUGACAAUUUUCAACCAACAAUAUGUAUGUUGUUAAUUACUGCCAAAGCUUCAGGACUGGGAAAACCAGUUUCUCCAAACUAUUUCAUAUUAUCAUAAAAAUGAAGAGCAUAGUUUGUUUUUCUUUAAAAAGAUCUGUGUCAGACAACAGAAACUUAUUGGAGUUUUUAUCCUCUUCCCAGCUACUUAGAUUUUUAUUCAACAUUGAUCUUUUGAUCUCUCCAUUUUAUAUGGUAUGUAUUGGUUAAUAAUGUAAAUUGUGUUCUACUUAUUGAGAUCUUGAUAAUCUUAAAAAAACACUUAUAAUUACAUAAUGAAUCUCUAACUAGAAUAUAUUGUAAAUAUGUGUAGUUUAGUUCAGAAAGUUAUUUUUUACUACAUGUAUCUAAAACUAAAGAAUAUUUUUUGUAUAUUUCUCUUACCAGUAUUUAGAUUUUAUAAGUAUUUUACCGAUAUUCUAAUUCAAACAGUAUAUAUAUGUGUGUGUGUUUAUAAAUAUAUAGAUAUAAAUUCAAAACACUUUUCUUCUUGAAAUAUUUGGACCGUGUUACUGGUCUGAAAACACGACUGAGAAAGACUGGUAACAACACAGUCGAAAUAUUUCAAAAAUGUGUUUAGAAUUUUUAUGUCUAUACACACACACACACACACACACAGAUAAUUGUACCACUAGAAUAUAUUGUAAGUAGUUUAAUAAGUUCAUAUUUUAUUCUACAGCAUUGUACGAUUUCUUGUGCCAACUUUUUUAUAUGUUUAAAUUUUUUCUUUACAUACAUGUAGAUGGACUAAGUAGUUGCUUUUUUUGAUUCAUUAUUUUAGAAUAUGUUCAUGUCAUCUAUGUUUGAACUUUAUAGGUUUAUGUGUUAGUUGUUAUAUUUUGAGACAUGGAAAAGGUUAGGUCAGCUAGUCAUCAUUGUGUUUGCUAAAAAAAAAUAUGUGUAUGUAUAUAAACAAUUUUGUUUUUAAAAUUAUAGUCAUGAGGUAAUUGUCUGCAGAAUAAUCAUAUCAGUCAAAUAUCAUAUAAUUUACACCAAUGUUUUUACAUGUAGAUGUACAUGAUUGUAUAAGGUGAACAUUGAAAUUCUUAAUUAAGUGAAACGGUAUGAGAACAAGUUCAUGUUUUGUUGCUUUCAUGAUAUUUGAUGAUUAUAUAUCCAUAAUAUAUAAUAUAAUGACAACGAAAAAUAUCCAGAGGAAAAAUUAAUCCGAUGUAUUUAUGCCAAUGCAAAUUGCCAAAUUUCAAUAUUUGCUCACUUCAAAUGAAAGUUCAUUUAGUUGCUCAAAGUCACAUAUGUAAAAAGUAUGUGAUUACAUGCGUGCAUACAGAGCCGAGUUUAGUGGAUUUAUACUGUACUGAUAUUUAUAACUUUAUAAGUUAUGGAGGGAAAUACUAUCACUGUAAAACACGCUUAUAACAAAUUCACGCUUAUUGUGAAGUGAUAUUUAUUCCCCAAUGAGAGGAAAAUAACGAAAAUAUUAUUGGAUAUAAAGAAGUUUGGUUAUAACAAACUGUUUUUUUGCUGGAGGUUUGUUAUAACCAUGUUUUACUGUAGUACCAACGGAAACUUAGGAGGACAGACUGAUUCAUGUAUUUUCCAAAGAUAGUAAUACACUGUACCAUUUGAAAUGUACAUCACAUACGUAACAACUUUUCCUCUGUCAUUACACUGAGUGACUUUGAACCGAACACUCUAAGAUACUUUUUUUAAAUUCAGUCAGUUCUUUAAUGUCCAUUUAAAUUUCCUGUUUGUUUCUAUUGUUAAAUAUUCUUCAUUGUAAUCUACUAUAAUUAUUAUUUUGCUGUUGGAAAGUGAUAGCCAAGGUAUUUGGACCUCUGACUUGAUCUUGCGAUAAAGUUAACACAAGUUUCAGGUUGUAAUACAAUUCUAAAACACAGACGUGAACAUUUUCUGUGAUAAUGAUAUCUUUAGGUGGUAGUGUGUGUUAUGUAUAUAAUGUUUAUAAAGGUCAUAAUGUGUACACUUAUUUUACAAGUACAUGCACUUAAGACGUUAUUGUGUCAGGUAGAAAGGUUUUAAUUAUUAUAGGCUAGUUGCCUUGUGUGUUUUGAGAAACCUGUAUACAUCAUUAAAACAUUUUCAACAAGCAGAAAAUAUAUCCCUCAAAGCAG